AUGCACUAUAUUCAUGAUCUCUCUACAUGGGCAAGUACCUUGAGAAUACUCCAAUACAGCGGUGAAAGGCUAGUGUUCAGAAUUGUACAGGUAGACAUAUGCGACAAACGUCGACAUUUCGGAACAGAAGUGCCUAAAAGAGCAUGUAAUUCACCUCUGCUGGCAUACGCGAUUAUAGCACUGGCAUCUCGAAGCCUUUGUUGUAUCAAGGGAACCGAAGACUCCAAACCUUCGACGUACUACAGCCACGCCUUGCAAAUCUUGAUUCCGAUACUAGGCAGCUCUACAGAAGCCCUCAACGAAGAAGUCCUUGCCGCGAUUGUAAUAUUGAGACAAUACGAAGAGAUGACUGAUACCGACUUUGGCGUUCACUUAUCAGGCAGCUCCAAGCUUCUCAACUCCAUGUUCAGCCUAGCGAGCAAAGGUGGACUUGGAGAGGCAGCAAGCUGGAUUGUGUUGCGCCAGGACUAUUGGGUCGCCCUGGUCAAGUCUCAACCCCUAAGCAUCAACUUGGACAGCUACAAAGGUUCAAGCUCGUUUGUCGUAUCAGAUGCAGAGUGCCUCGCCAACCGCGCCGUCUUUCUGUGCGCACAAGCUUGCGCGUACGCCUUUCAACCCACCAUGGUCAGAGACCUCGAUCGAUGGAACAAACUUAAUCAGGAGCUGGGAAACUGGCUUAUCUCUAAUCCGUGGCACGCGGAUCCUCUCUGGGUAGACCCACCGCAUGAUACAAGUGCCAACGGGUCUGCGUUUCCUACAGUAUGGAUGACGCAUCCUGCUCAUGUGGUGGGAUACCAGCAUUAUAGCCUUGCACGCAUGAUCCUGCAUAUCUUCAACCCAUACUUGAGCAAACCGAGUCUCGAUACAUUCAGGCGGAGGAGGGAAUCAGAGCAAGCAGUUCUCGACAACUUCCGCCUACUUUUAGGCCUCGCAAUCAGCAAUCCGUUAGUAGUCAACGCCAGUUUCACAGCAGCCCAUGCAUUGAGAGCUUGCGGACUAUAUCUUACGGACCCGAAAGAGCAACGCGAAAGCUUGGACUUGCUCGACAAAAUACAUCAGAGGACUGGAUGGCGGACGAAGGACCUGGAGGAGCAACUGGACUCACAGUGGUCACAAGACAGUUGCAAUAGUGCCUUUGGUCAUCUCUUUGCAGAGGCCCGAAAAUGA